AGUGGGGGGCCCAGGGUUUACCCCCCACCCCACACUUCUCCACUCCUCGUCAGCUGCUGCCGCCGAAGAGUGCUGCGUACGAACGCCAACACGAUUCAGCUACUAGUAAGGCGCAAAGAGAAUACACGAGAAGGAUAAAUCGCCCGAGACGAUCGGACGGUCGAGUUACUUCGUACUUAUUGGGUCGAUGUUCCAGUUCGGUACAGUGUCUCGGUGUUGUUGUUGUUGUGAUUGUGAUAACCGGAAUUCGCGGGUUCGGCUCGGGUCGGCGAUCGAAUCGGAAUAAAAACAAUCGGCGAACCCGUUUAAAGGCGAGGAAAAAAAGCCGAAGAAAAGGUCCCGACGAUCGCUCGAUAAAGCAGAGAUCGUUCUCGAGCAAGGUUCGCUGCACCGUAUGCACUGUAUGCAUUCUCUGCAUACGAAUACGCGCAGGGGUUGACGGCGAGGAUAGAUAAUUGAGAUGAUGAGCGGAAACUCGGCAAACGAACGCUGAGGAGCGCCGCUGGAAAUAAGGACCGGAGUCACUGCGUCGAUAGAAAAGAUUCGUUAUCGUUAUUUUGAAAGUCGGGGACCUAACGGUGCAACGUUAUACACAGUUUCUCUAUUAGCGCACGGCGCGUUGAAAGGUUUGAUCCAACUGCAAACUCGAGGUGGUAAAACGGCGAUGGCGCGAAACUGACCUGUUUUUUAUAUUUAGGAUUAAAAUUGCGACGAUUCGUACGUCGUCGAGUGUCAAUUGUUUCAUUGUUCGAAAAUUCUAUUCGACACAGCUCCGCGAUUUUCGCCCAGCGAACGAAUUCUCUCAACGAAUUUCCGACAUCGGCGGACGUUGAAGUCUCCCAAAUUCGAACCUGAUCACAGGCGAGAUUUGCGCCUCUGACGUAAGGAAAAUUUCAAGAGUGUCUACCCGAUGUGGGAUAGUUUCUAACCUCAAAAACGCUACGAUCAUACGUCAUACACCAUGUACAAGCUACUGGGUGAUUUGAGGGGGUAUCUGAAAUGGCAGGACAUAACAACGGACUCGAUGGUAUUCCGGAUGCACAACAUAUUCACAACGGUUCUGCUCCUCACUUUUUCGCUCAUCAUCACCGCCACCCAAUACGUGGGCAAUCCGAUCGCUUGCAUAGUCGAAUCGGGCCUCCGUAAGAACGCGAUCAACACGUUUUGCUGGAUUACUUCGACAUUCACGAUGCCCGACGCUUUCAAUCGCCAGGUCGGCAAGGAAGUGGCUCAUCCUGGAAUCGGCAACGAUUUCAACGACGAAAGCGCUCGCAAGUACUACACCUACUAUCAAUGGGUUUGCUUCGUACUGUUCUUCCAGGCAAUAAUGUGCUACGUGCCUCAGUGGCUCUGGAACACCUGGGAAAAUGGUUUGAUGAGGAGCAUUGUCAUGGGGAUGAAUCACCAACUGUGCGACGAGAAGGAGAAGCUAAAGAAGAAAUCUGUCAUGAUGAAUUACAUCAUGAAACAUCGCACGACACACAUCAGUUACGUAUACCGGUACUACGCCUGCGAGGCGAUCUGCUUGCUGAACAUACUGCUCCAGCUCUACUGUAUGAACCGUUUCUUCGACGGUGAAUUUAUGGGCUACGGUCUCCGCGUUUUACAGUACGCGGACAAACCGCAGGAGGAACGUGUCGAUCCCAUGGUUUACAUAUUUCCACGCGUCACCAAGUGCAUAUUCCACAAGAUCGGUCCCAGUGGCUCGGUACAGAAACACGAUUCGCUGUGCAUCCUUCCGCUGAACAUCGUCAACGAAAAGACGUAUAUCUUCAUCUGGUUCUGGUACCUGAUACUUACGGUAUUGCUGGUCGGUCUGCUCGCCUAUCGGGCCGCAAUUAUUUUCGCACCCGCCAUAAGACCGCGCCUGAUGCACCUUGCGGCGCGUGGAACGUCGAAGGAAACUUGUCGGAGCGUAAGUCGAAAGACGGAUCUUGGAGAUUGGUGGCUGCUCUACUGUCUGGGUACGAAUUUAGACUCGAUCAUGUACAGGGAGAUUCUUCAGGAGCUGGCAAAAAAGUUGGGUGAUCAAAAUUCACAAGUAGUUGCUUAGCGGAAUAUAUUAUGUGUAUAUUUUAUUGCGCGAUGCGCUCUUAAAUGUCAAAGAGGCGAUUUCGGACGAGGGCUCGCCGUUUCGGUUAUAUUCGAACCCAAUCUUGAGUGAUUUCGUUUGCUUCUGGCCCUGGCCUAGCGUAAACAUUUUAUAGAUACUCCGGCAAAGCUUUACAGACCGUAUUGAUAUACUCUCUUGAACCUGUCAAUAUUUUUUUAUCGACCGCUCUACUCACUCAGAACUUUAUAGAUGAGACUUUAUCUGCCAUUCCGUGAUUCCUUUAUUCUAGUAGCUAGCAAAAGUUUCUUUUUACUUUAAGUUGCUGGUCGAGUGCUCGGCUAUCGUUUCUUUUUUUCUUCUUCAUAUUACCUUUUUCUCUGCUUAAAUCGGACGACGAUUUGUGUUCGUACGCAGGUACAUUUUUCAUCGCUUUAAAAACGUAUUUUUUAAACAUUUCAUUUCAUCACUGAAUUUUUUUUCCCUACUGACAAAUAUCCCAUGUCUGAUUUAGUUUUUACACGUCUUAUUCCUAAUCAACCGUGAAUCUCACGUGAAACUUUUAUGUGAUUUUUGUUCGUUUUGAAUUGUUGUUGUUUUAUUUUUGGGUUUCUUUUUUUUAAUUGAUUUUUCAAAAUCAUUAUAGGGUUUUCAGUUGAAUGGGGGUAUAAAAAAAGACUGAGAAAGUCUGAAAACUGCUCACUGAACAUAUGAUACCUUUGACUAUAGGUAUAACAGUUAUUAUGCAUUACGAUAUAAAUAUACAUAUAUAUAUAUAUAUAUCACAUACAGUAUUUUGAUAUUUUACAAAAAUUUUCUUACUAAAUUUUAGGCGGUCGCAUCGGACGCACUCGAUUUGACCGAUUUACAUAAUUAUUGUAGCAAAAUUGAGUGAUAUAGUGGAAGAAAGGUGUUUCAAAUCGGUAUGACUUCGAGGUGAAAUGUUGCAUAUAAAUCUAGUAUAUUGUAGUCUGUUUAAAACUUGGAGCUUGAGUGAAAUUCUAAGAUAUUGAUGUGUAUGAUUUUUUUUCUCCCUUUUAUUUCACUCAGUUUUCUUGGAGCUUUGUUCUCGUUUCAAUGAAUAUUCACAUAUCUAAUUAUAAUUUACGUACGAUUACAGUAAACAGUAUGAAAAGCCGUCGCGAUGACGGACUAUUUUAGUCGAUAAGCCUAAUUAAAUAUUGAAAUGGAA